AUGGUGAUGAAGGAUGAGCUCCAACAGCGUCCCAGCAUUAAGAAAUUCGCGGCGUGCCGGCAAGAAACCAGGACCGCUUCGAGACGUGCGGAUGAGAAGCGAAAACGUGGUAUUGAGGUGCCCGAGAUGACUCGCAUCCUGCUGAGUUCCAAUCCAUCGCUGCCAAGGUUGGCCGCGGCUGAGCAAAGGUGUGUGGAUGAAGGUAAAGCAGGAAGUAGCAGCCCGACGAAACGGCAGCUGCGAAAGCAUUGUGUCUUUACGGCGUCCUCCGGCUUUGUCCACUAUGCUGGAUGA